GGACCCUCGCGUAGAUCCGGGCAUCCUCGACCAACGGCGCCGUUCCUCUCCUCGUCUGCUGCCGUCGCUACAUGGCUUCCAGGAAAUGGCCUCGCUGCCGAUCCCCGACGAGCUCGUGGCGGAGAUCUUCCUCCGGCUGCCCACGCCAGCGGACGUCAUCCGCGCCUCUGGCGCCUGCGUCUCCUUCCGUCGCCUCAUCGCCGGCCGCCCCUUCCUCCGGCGCUUCCGCAAGCUCCACGACCCUCCCCUCCUCGGCUUCCUCGCUCUAACCGGAGCCUUCUUCCCCGUACUCCCGCCUUCUCCUUCCGCGUCGGCAGCCCGCGCCGUCGCCCUCGCCGCCGACUUCUCCUUCUCCUUCCUACCCGGCCCCGCCCGGGACUGGAAGGUCCGGGACGCCCGCGGCGGCCGCGUCCUCCUCAGCAGAUCUCCCUUGGAUAAUUCUCUGGCGGUGUGCGACCCCUUGCACCGGCGGUACCGCCUGCUUCCCCUGAUCCCUGAAGUUGAGGGGUGGGUUCCUCAUUCAGUGGAAAACCCAUACCGGCAGUCCUUCCUCGGCGACGCGGAGGAGGCCGCAGAAGAGACAUCAUUCACAGUGAUCUCCAUCGCGCAUUGGGGGGAUAAAGAUAAGCAGGGCGCUUUCGUCUUCUCUUCCAGCACCGGACAAUGGCGAGGCACUCCAUGGAUUGCAGGCUUUGCUUCAUUCUCCCGCUACCUGCACGCAUAUGGCUGCUUCUACGGGGUGACAGCGUGCAGGGAGAAGUUGCUGGUGCUUGACACCCAGAGAAUGGAGUUCUCACUUGCUGACCUCCCACCCCAAGCGAGAGGUUCUUCAGAACAGAUUGCGGGUAUAGCCAUUGUGGAGGCAGGGGAAGGCGUCACUGGGAUGUUUGUGCUUGCACAUGGCACAUCUCAUAUCAGUUAUCUAAUUAGGCGAAACAAUGGUGGCAGUUCCAGCCAGUGGCAGUUUGAGAGGACAAUUCCACUGGUCUCUUCUUGGUACAGUUUCAUGGGUUCAACAGAGAGGCACUUGCUUCUUGUAUCACAGGGAGACACUUUCACGUUGGACAUCAAAACAUUCCAACUUGAGAAGGUGGUCAGACGUGGCAUCAGUUCGCCAUGUGUAUAUAGAAACUUCCCACCAUCGUUGUUGUCGUCACCGACAAUAUCAAAUGGUGUUGACACCGAGGAUGAUGAGGUGCUGGAAAAACGCCGCGUUGCAAGCUCAAGCCCAUAUUCUCCAGGGUUUGAAUAGCCCUGACACCAGUGCUGGAGGUCAGGGCUGAUUCGUCGAUUAUCAAGAUGGUGACGACCGAUGUGAUGCAAGUCGACAGUUAACCACUAAAUUGGUCUGCUUUUGCCCUUUGGUAUGUAUAAUGGCCAUCUAGAAGGAUACAAUAUAGAACCUGGAGUGUUUUAUCUUGCGUUUGAUUAACCUUGCAAAAAGCUAAGAUCGUGUAAGCAGUCAAGUUUGUGGAGUGGACCUUGUCAGGUAUUCAGAUGUAAGGACAACAUGAUGAUCUAUUAAAAGUCAGACUUU